AUGGCACAAAACAUGAAUACUAUAAUUGUCGGACGGGUCCUCCAAGGUCUCGGUGGUGGAGGAAUUGACCUUUUGGCGAUGGUGAUUCUCGCGGAUAUGACGGCGCUAGAAGAACGCUCGAAAUAUCUCGGCUUAAUGGCCAUUCCCUCGGCCAUUGGCAAUAUCAUGGGGCCCGUCGUCGGUGCGCUUUUCUCGACAUAUGCUACAUGGAGAUGGAUUGGAUGGAUCAAUUUACCAUUGUUAGGAAUUGGCACACCAUUAGUGUUUUUCUUCCUCAAACUUCGACCCGUCCCGCUCGAUGCAACGCUCUCUAGGAACUUGAACCGCCUCGACUGGAUCGGUAUGGCGCUUGUCGUUAUUGGCAUUACAAUUUUCGUCGUACCUCUCAGUUGGGCGGGCUCCUUAUUUCCAUGGGCCUCUUGGCAGACUCUCGUUCCACUGUUAUUGGGAGUUGCGGUGCUUGUCACCUUUGCCUUCUACGAGGCGAAGCCCGCGGCACCUAUCAUUCCUCAUCGAAUUUUCCACUCCAAGACAGGAAACGUAACGCUGCUAGGAGCCUUCAUCCACGGCAUGGUUUUAGUAUCCCUAUUACAGUACUUGCCCUUGCUAUACCAAGCCGUGGAGCUCGAGACUGCUAUUUCAUCAGCUCUCUCCCUGCUGCCCACUGUCAUUAUAAGCGUCGUAGCCGCAGCCGUCUCAAUGAUGAUGGUCCCAUUGUUCGGAGGAUACGUAUGGAUUCUAAGAAUUUCAUGGGUUGUUCUUACGCUGGGAACCGGCUUGCUGGCCCUCUUCGGCGUAGGGUCCUCGACAUCUAUGCGUUACGGGCUUCCUAUUCUCUGGGGGCAAGGUGUCGCGCUACUACGUCUCAAUAUUCUUCCCAUGCAAGCAAGUGUCAAGAAUGUUGACGACACCAGCCUAGCUAUUGGACAGUUUCUUGCUAUUCGCUUAUUUGGAGGCCUUGUUGGCCUUACUAUCUCUUCGGCUAUUUUUAACAAUGUUUUCUCGGCGUCCAUUUCUAAUACUACCAUUCAGCUAACUGGAGCUUUGGCGCCUCUGAAAGACGCCUCCAAUGCUGUGAACUUUAUUGGCGAGUUAAGAUCACUGGAAGUAUCUUUUACGACGCUAGAUCGGGUUUUGGGAGUCUAUCUGAAGUGCUUCCACACAAUCUUUUAUAUAAUGACCGGCCUCAGUGCAUUGGGCUUGGUGACUUCAUUGUUUCUGGAUGAGAUUGAUCUAACGGGGCAGGAUCUUGGGAAUCAGGGCUUCGAGGAAUAG